AAGGUUGAGAUUUUGCUUUAAAAAGAGUGCAUUGAAGACAACGUUGCCUUUUUUUGUACUCUGGUGUUAACCUUUUGUUUUAUGUAAAAGCCCUUCCUUCUCAUUCUCUUUGACUUUCACAAAAAUGGCCUUUGCAACUCUCUUACCCUUUCUUGCAUUUCUUCUUCUACACCCUCUUUCUUCUACAUCUGAUAACAUCCUUUCUCCCAUCAUUGAUGAGAUCUGCAAAGGAGUGGAAUGUGGAAAAGGAACAUGCAAAGCUUCUCAGAACACCACUUUCUUCUUUGAAUGUGAGUGCCAACCUGGUUGGAAGCAGGUUCUUUCCAACGAUGAUAACUCAGACUUCAAGUUUCUUCCUUGCGUAGUUCCUAAUUGUACAUUGGACUAUUCUUGUUCCGAAGCCCCUGCUCCUGUUCAAGAAAAGGCAACAAAAUCCAAUGAGUCAAUUUUUGAUGCUUGCCGUUGGGUUGAUUGUGGAGGUGGGUCAUGCAACAAGACAUCAAUGUUCUCCUACAAUUGUGCAUGUGAUGCUGGCUAUUACAAUCUCCUAAAUGUCACGACCUUUCCUUGCUUCAAACAAUGUUCUCUUGGCAUGGGAUGCUCUGAACUUGGAAUAUCAGUGACAAAUUCUUCAAGCUCUGCACCACCCGCUUUGAAUGACAACACUAAGAAUGAAGGUAGCUCAAUGGUAGAAGGAAGUUCCCAUAGGGUGAGCAUGGUAGUUUUGUUGGUGGCCAUGCUCCAACUGCAAUAGGAUUAUUUUAGAACUAUUUCAUCUUCUGCUAUUUAUUUGGCUACCAUGCCAUCACAUUAGAGUUUAAUGCACAACACUUUUAGUUAUUAUAUAUCUUCAUUUCUCUUGUUUCUUUAUUCUCGGUGUAUAAUACAAUACUCCAUAGCAUAUUAAUGUAAUGAGAUAAAUACUAAUUAUUCUCAAAAUAUUUUACACGA